AUGCGCCUGACUGUCGGGAAGCACUUCGGUUAUUCCUCGAUUCGUGGCGCGUCGAGCACCACGCCGAAGGCGAUUCUCGAUGCUGCGCUACGGAUCGAUUGGAACAAGCGCAUCGCCGCAACGAACGGCGAAAAACGCGGAGGCGAGAUUCGCUGCGGUGCUGCCGAUGCUGCUGCAGCUCCAGCCUUUGAGUCUGAAGAAACGGAAUGCACUGCUAAGACAAACCUAUCGUUGGAGGAAGCGGAAGGCGAGGUGGCGAUUGCGUUAAUCGAGGAGGGUUUUGCUCUCGCGGGAGCAUUCAAUAUCGCGGAUUACGUGCCGUGGCUGAGCUACUGGGACCCGCUGCGCAUGUACGCGCGUGCGCAGCGCCUCGCGCCGCAGCUGCACGGUUUCAUGCGCGCGUGCAUUGUGGAGCGACGCGAGCUCGUGCUGCAGAAGAAACGCACGGAAGAAUCCAGAAGCGAGACUCUUGCUGUAUCCGCGACUCAGACGCCGUCGACGACGGAGCCUGUGGUUAAAGAGCCGAAGGAGUUGAAGGGAAUGAAGGGACACGAGACCGCUCUUGUUGAUACGUUGUUCGAGAUCGAAGGGGAGGGAGAGGAUCAUAUGGAUAAAGACGAGAUGCUGAUGCUCGCGGUUGACAUGAUGAUGGCUGGGACUGAUACCACCUCCAAGACCGUCGAAUGGGCGCUUGCUGAGCUGGCGCAGCACCCCGACAUGCUGGAAACGCUGCGUGCUGAGGUGGACGCGGCGUAUGCCAGGCGUGGAUGCCUUGGGACGAACCUGGGAUUGGACCUAUCUGCCCGCCUGCUGGCGAAUUUCGUUCUGCGGUUUGAUUUCAAGCUGCCCGAAGACGUGAGGGCAGGUGGAGGGAUGGACAUGACAGAAACUUUUGGGCUGACCAUGGCUCUGGCCAAGCCGCUCAGAAUGGUGUUGAGGGAGAGAAAGGUGGUGGCAGGGGCAAUGGUGGCUGCUUUAGGAGCAUGA